AUCGUGGCCAACAUUACUCGUCAGACAGGUUUUUCCCGGUGUAGAGCUCCUUCUAAAGUGGCUUUUGAGCAAAAUCUUACACGUAGUUGCUGUUCAAACCUCCAGAAGGGUGUUCUCUGUUCGUUUUUUCUCGUAGAAAUCUUCCAAAAUGGGCCCAAAACGUGGUUUUCUCGAGAGGCUGGAAGCCGGAGAAACGAUAAUCGGCGAUGGCGGUUUUGUUUUUGCGUUAGAGAAACGUGGAUACGUAAAAGCCGGUCCGUGGACGCCGGAGGCUACAGUUGAAAACCCUGAAGCCGUUCGACAACUGCACAGAGAAUUCCUUCGUGCUGGCUCAGAUGUCAUGCAAACAUUCACCUUCUAUGCUAGUGAUGACAAACUUCAGAACAGAGGCAAUGAAGCUAGCAAGAAAUUUGGGUGUGCUGCUAUAAAUGAGGCUGCCUGUGACCUUGCACGAGAAGUUGCGGACGAGGGGGAUGCUCUUGUUGCUGGGGGUGUUUGCCAGACCCCCACCUACCUUAGCGGCAAAGGCAAAGAGGCGUGCCAAGCUGAGUUCCAAAAACAAGUGGAUGUGUUUAUCAAGAAGGAUGUGGAUUUUAUCAUUGCAGAGUAUUAUGAGCAUGUGGAGGAGGCCGUGUGGGCAGUAGAGCUGCUGAAAAAGACUGGCAAGCCUAUUGCGGCCAGUUUGUGUAUUGGACCAGAAGGGGAUAUGCAUGGUGUGUCGGCUGGUGACUGUGCAGUCCGAUUAGCUGAAGCAGGUGCUGAUUGUAUUGGUGUGAACUGCCAUUAUGGGCCCAUCAAGUCCCUUGAGACAAUGCGUCUGAUGAAGGCAGGCCUAGACGCUGCUGGUUACAAGAAACACCUGAUGAUACAGCCUCUUGGCUAUCACACACCAGAUUGUGGCAAGCAGGGGUUCAUUGAUCUGCCAGAGUUCCCAUUUGGGCUUGAGCCACGCAUCUGUACCAGAUGGGACAUGCACAAAUAUGCUCGCGAGGCUUAUGACAUGGGCAUCCGCUUUAUUGGGGGCUGCUGUGGCUUCGAGCCCUAUCACAUCAGGGCAUUGUCAGAGGAGUUGGCCAAGGAGAGAGGCAAGUUCCCCAAAGGCAGUGAGAAGCAUGGCUUGUGGGGUGAUGGACUAAGGCAACAUACAAAGCCGUGGGUCCGCUCAAGGGCCCGUCGUGACUACUGGGAAAAACUCAACCCGUCAAGUGGCCGCCCAUUCUCGGCCUCGUGCUCAAAACCGGACAACUGGGGCAUAACUGCCGGACACGACUACCUCAAGCAGCAUGCAGAGGAUACCUCAGAUAAAGAAUUAAAGGAGAUCAUGGAGGUUGCACAGAGCCGCUAGGCGAAGCUGCUAACAACAGGCAGGACCUGGUGAACGCCGAGUGAUCACUUUGUAAACCCCAUUUGUAUAGCGCAGGAAAUAUGUACUAUAUGCUUUGGCUGCCAUAUUUGCAGAGCUAUUUUAAACGUUGAUUGCCAUUGAUUGGAUAGUUGACUAUUUUAUGUUUUAAAGUUUGUUUUAAAUGUACGAUAGUGGUGUGAAUAGAUUACUCGCAAUAAGAUAGUAGUAUGAAUGUAGAGAUAUUUCAUACAAAAUAAACUAGCAAUAAACUCUUGUGCAUUAAA